AUGGCGGACAUGCUAACAGAGUUGCCAGAAUCCCUACAACUUCACAUCCUUUCUCUUCUUGAAACCAAACAUGCCUUCAAAACAUCAAUCCUAUCGAAAUCAUGGGCUUCUAGAUGGACUUAUGUUCCGGUUCUCAACUUCAGUUCCUACAGUUUCAAAAAACUCAAAGAGUUCGAUAAGUUCGUCUUCAACACAUUAUCAGUUCCUCGAUCCGCAAACUUAGAUAAACUAACCUUCAAACGCAGCGGAAUAUGCAGCGCCAAGAUUUUAAACAAAGUGUUCGGUUACGCGUUUUCACAAGGGGUGAAAGAACUGGAUGCAAGCAUUAUACGGAGUAGGAAAGACAAGAGUUGGCCCAUCGGACCGAUUAAGUCACAUACGACGACGUGGGAUUCGUUAACAAGUUUGAAACUAAGCAGCAACAGUAACAUGGGCUGCUCGUGUUUGGGCUUGGACCCGAGAUCAAAAGCCUUCAAGAAUCUAACCAAUCUGUAUCUCAAAAGGGUGAUUAUUACGGUUCUUGACCCGUUUUCGGGGUUUCCCGCAUUGAAGAAGUUAACAUUGGUCUGUUGUAAUCUUCACAUAGAUGGAACUAAUACUUUGAAUGUACACGCUCCACAGCUUUCGGAGUUAACCAUCUAUUACUACAGUCAGUAUGUCAACCGCUGCGAACUCAAUACUCCAAACCUUGAAUAUUUCGAGUGUCGAGGGAGUAAUUUCCCGCGGUUGCAAACAUGUGAUCCGGAUGGGCUUUCGGUUCUUGAGACAGUGGUCAUAGAUUACAACGGGUUUUGUCGUGAAAACCAACGGAGAAAAACGUUUGAUGAUCUUAUGAUGUUGUUUAGUAGUUUACAUAACGCCAAAUCGCUUGUGGUUUACUCGUCUGUUGUUCAACUGCUCUCGUAUUUUGGGGAUGAAUUGGGGAAUCGAUGUUCGCCUUUUCAGAAGUUGAAGUGUUUGAAGGUGGAUUUUAGUCAUUUUUAUUAUCAAAAGUUGUUUGAAGGGGGCUGCGUGUCGUUGAGUGAAUUGUUGAGGCUUGUUCCGGGUGUGAAAGGUUACUUGUUGCAGAAGUCACAAGACGCGACGUGCACCAUGGUAUAUCCUGAUGGUGAUCCGAAUGAAGAAUCUACAUGCUCAAGCUCACACGCUUCUAAACGGUGCAAGUGCGUGCAAAGGAAUGCGAUAAAACUUGUAGGGAAAUGA